AUGAUUGUAUACCGUUCAAUUCCAUUGUUGCUCAAGAAGGUGCCCAAUGCUGAUGACGAGAAAACAUUCAUGGAUGCGCAAUUUGUUGGUCUCCCGAAACUUACAACUAUGAGCAUGAAUGAUAUAGUGGAAGUUGAGAGGGACAGUAAGCUUACUGUAACUCCAGUGAUUUCUAUCGGUAAUGGUAUGAUUGAUGGGUGGGGAGAUUUUGAUGAUGAGCUGCGAGACAGGAAAUUACUGUAUAUGCAGGACCUUAUUUGCAAAGGUUACGUUUUUAAUAAGCUGCUGUGGCCUGGCGGUGAUAGUUCAAUAGAUGUAGUUGAGUUGGAUGAUAAAAUAGAGGACGUGGAGCAUGAGAAACAUGUAGUGGAUAGGAAGGGUAAGAAGGUUGCUUCUAGUGGAGAGAUUAGGCAGUGUAGUAAAAGGAAAGGGAAGAAGUUGAAGAGAUCAUGUUGGCGCAAGAAGCAACAAAAAAUUAAUAGGUAUUUUGGGCCGGCUACAAGGGGAGGAGUAAAGUUGAAAGAAUGGGUGGAAGCGAUUGAAGAGGUUAAGACUGUUUUUUCACGAAAAAUUGAUGAACAAGGGGAAGAGAUUGUGCGCCUAAAGAAGAAACGUAAGGGUGAAGUUGGAAAUGGCAAUGUUGAUUUGUUUGUUGAUGUGAAGACGGUUGCAAACCCAACGGUUGAGCAGAAGACUGAGACCUCAGGAGGGACAGAUGAGGAUUCUGGACGGGAGGAGGUAAGAAAUGGGGUAGAUGGUGUGCGUGGUAGUAAUGUGUUGUGUAAUGUUACUGAUGAGGAACUUGUAGAAGAAGCUAAGGGAAUGGAGCAUGUGUGUCGUUCCUUAGAUUUUACAGUGCGUAUGGUUGUCGAUGAUAACAUGGAAGCCUUGGAAGAGCAGGUAGGUGUUGUUGGUGAUGAUGGAAAUGAAAGUGAGAAAGAAAAUCUAGAGAUAGAGAGUUUGGGGGAGCCUAUUGAACUUAGUGAUUCAUCGCCUUCAAGAAAGAAAGAGUUGAUCGCUGAUUCAGAAAUUGAGAAAUCACUUGUGGAACAGUUUUUUAUCAGACCUAAGAGGAACAAGAUGAAUUUGUUACCUUCUGUUGACCAUGCUGAGUAUGCGUUCUUUGAGGGAACACUGACAGCUUGCCCUUCAUUGGAACAUGUAACAGAUGACGGAUUGCUGAUUACUAGCAGAUUCCUUUUGGAGCUUGCUAAGCCUAAAGAGUGGUUAUCAACUUUGCAUAUGGAAGUAUUGAAGGUAUUCCUUGGUAAAAGGCAUGAAGCAGUGUUGGAAGCUGAACGAUCUCUAUUUGUAUCUCCCUGGAUGAUAACAUUUGUUGCGGAGGAGAAGCGGAAGUGGUUUGAGCACAUUGACACUGUAUAUGUGCCGAUGUGCUGGGAAAAGAGACACUGGGUUGGUUUGGUUAUCCAUCUUAACAUUAGCCUCAUCAAUCUAUGCCGAGAAGAAGAUGCGACAUAG